AGUCUGAAUUUAUACAUAAAUAAAGAUGGCUAAUCCAUUUUUAAUCGGAGAUGCAACAGCUACUUUUACCGAUAAUAGUAAUACUUUUAAUCCAUUUUUAACUAAUACAACAGCAGAAUUGGAAUCUCAUAAUGAUAACCCAUUUUUCUCGAAUUUUAAUGCUUCGAAUUCUGCUCAAGACAAUACAAAUCCAUUUUUGGCGUUCACGCAAAAACCAGAACGAACUCAGCCAGUGGCUGAUCUACUGGGUAUUAAUGAAAAACCCCAAACUGCUGCUGCAGAGGAUACAUCAAAAACGAAACCUCCACCACCGAGACCAGCACCACCUAAAAGACCACCACCAAGACCAACACCACCGCCUUCGCACAAUGCCAAAGAAUUGAUUCUUAGUGUAACAGGAGAAAUGGAUGCUACUUCGUUACAUUUACUGGAUAGGCUAGCAAAGACCCCAAGUCCUACGCCAAUGAGAGACUUACUAUCUCCCAGUCCAACACCGACCGCUGAUCUAUUAGGGUGUGAGGAUCUUCAACCUCCAAUUACGUCCCAAUCAUCUAAUGUUUUUGACCAACAAACAAACAUCAUUGAUUUUUCUUCAGGACCAAAACCAGAGAGGCCAAAAUUUCCACCGAAAAUAGAUUUUCUCAUGGAUGAUUUACUAGAAGAUGUUCCAAUCAGUGAGGGUAUACAACCAGAAGAAAGUUAUAUACAAAAUAGAACACCCUCGAUUCCAGAAAAUCAACCAAUAGUCGGUGGAUCUAAACCGGAAUCAAGAAAAUCUUCAAACGAUUUUAUUCUUCCGGUGAGAAGAUUAUCACAUGACGUUACAGAAUCAAGAAAAAUUAUGCCAGAUUUAAGUAAGAUGGCUGAUCGAAGGAAGUCAGAUAUAGGACAUUUUGCACCAAUAUUACCAUCAAAAAAACCUACUAGUCAAAGUGAUCAGACAUUACAAGAAAGUAAAUCAGAAAGCAUGAUUCAAGAAAUUACUGAAUCCGAAGAGAAACCAAAUGUUGAAGUCUUCAAUAAUGUAGUGGAGGAAACUCUAGUACCAACCGAAAAUGUUCAAGAGCAAAAGAUACAAGAGCAGAAUGUGCAAGAUCAUAAAGUGCAAGAGCAGAAGGUACAAGAGCAGAAAGUAGAAAAUCAGAAUGUGCAAGAGCAGAAAGUACAAGAUAUCAUUAUUCCAACGCAUUCUACGGAAAUCAAAAACACUGAGUGGGAUGAAGAAAAAAAUGGAUUAGAUUUUGAUUCGCAGCAACAAGUAAAAUCUUCUAAUCAAUUUGAAAUUGAUACGGCAAUACAUAAAACUGCAGUAAGUAAUAAUGAUAUAAAUGAUACCUCGAUAAUUGAUAAGAAACCAACACCACCUGCAUUUGAAACGUUACCAGUUGAGUUGACGACAAACGAAUCUUUUAAUGCGUUUGGUAUUAAUGAAACGUUACCGCCAUCAGAAUCAUUUCCUCCGUUUACCGAAAAUGAUACAACAGCUAAAGAGAAGCCUUUUGAUGCAUAUGAUAUGAAACCUGUACCAUCAGUGCCUGAUCCGUCACCUUUCCAAGAAAUAAGUUCUCAAGAAACGUCAUUUAAUGCAGUGUUUGAAUUACCUGAAAAAACAGCAACUUCACCAUUUGAUGUGCAAGAACCACAUCAGUUAGAUUGCACAAGUACGUCCGUGAAUGCAAUUUCUGAACCGUUUCCAGAAUCAGCAGUUACUGAAAAUGACGCUUUCGAUGCAUUUGCUGCUAAAUUCGACGAUUCUCAAGUAGAUUGUAACACAACUGGAUUUGAUGCAUUUGGUAGUGUUUCGGAAGGAGCGUUUGAAGAUUCAUCAAUCGGUUUUGGAGCAGAUGACAACUUUGAUUCAUUUUUAUCAACUCAUCAAAUUCCAGCUGCGCCACAGUCGACUCCAGCAAAAGUUACAAGAAAUAAUUCCGGCGAAUCUUUAGAUGAAAAUGAUUUUAAUGUUUUUAUAAGACCUAAGACAGAGUCAGGUGAUUCUGAUCAAUCCGCUGUGCCUUCAAUUGCUCCUCCACCAAAAGUGCCUACAAGUUUAUUCCAAGAAGGAGCUCCUUCUCGGUUCAAUCCAUUUGACCAAGAGCCAAGUGAAACAAAUUUUAAAUCUCAAGACACGUUCAUUCCUCAAACGAUUCCUCAACGAACAGAUUCUCAAGAAACACCACCGAGUCCAUUAUUUGAUGAAGAUGUUUCCCAACCACUUGAAGAAUUUCCACGAGUGAAUUAUAAUGGUGACGGCUGGGCAAUGGAGUUGAGACAACCGAACAAGAAAAAAAUUACUGCACACCGAUUUUGGAAGAAAAUAUUUGUUAAAAUCACUUACCAAGGUGAAAAUCCGGUUCUUCAAUUAUAUAAUACUAAAGAUGAUAAAGAUCCAUUCCAAGAACUUCCAUUGCAGCCAAGUUAUUCCGUAUCUGAUAUUGGAGCUCAACAGUAUGACCAAUAUGGUAAAAUAUUUACUGUAAAAUUACUGUACAUAUUUUAUAAGGAAAAGGCUGGAUUUCGACCAGGUCAAGUGACAAAAGCUGAAAGGCUAACCAACAAAUUAAGUCAAUUUGCAGCUUAUGCUAUCCAAGGCGAUUACCAAGGCGUAAAAGAAUUCGGUAGCGAUUUGAAAAAAUUAGGAUUGCCUGUAGAACAUGGAGCUCAAACUACGACACUGUUAAAAUUGGGAAGUCAUAGUUAUGAAGACAUGAAACAGUUUAGUAUCUGUAUCGAAGAAGCUCUAUUCAAACUUUCAGCUCAUCGUGAUAGAGCAUUAAACUACAAAGUAGAAGAUGUACAAAUCACUGCGAUGGACGAACUGUUUGUCGAUCAAAAUUCACAGGGGUCAGUACUUAAACAAAUCGCACGGGUCCGUUUGUUUUUCUUAGCGUUCAUGUGUGGAAUGCCUGAUGUUGAGUUGGGCGUGAACGAUUUAGUUCGACAAGGCAAAGAAGUGGUGGGUCGUCACGAUAUUAUCCCAGUAGUUACCGAAGAAUGGAUUCGUUUAGAAGGGGUGGAGUUCCACAAUUGUGUUCAACAAGACGAAUACGAAAGAACAAGAACCAUCAAGUUUAAACCACCAGAUGCUUGUUACAUAGAAUUGAUGAGAUUCAGAGUGAGACCACCAAAAAACCGGGAACUUCCAUUACAACUAAAAACAACAAUGUGCAUAACAGGGAAUAAGGUGGAAUUAAAAGGAGACAUACUCGUACCGGGAUUCACUAGUAGAAAACUCGGACAGGUGCCUUGUGAAGAUGUAGCUAUAAGGUUCCCUAUACCGGAAUGUUGGAUAUAUUUGUUCAGGGUAGAGAAGCACUUUAGAUACGGCUCUGUCAAGUCAGCACACAGAAGGACGGGCAAGGUGAAAGGUAUUGACAGAUUUUUGGGCACGAUGGACAACCUCGAGCCCCAUUUGAUCGAAGUGACAUCUGGCGAAGCCAAAUACGAGCACCAUCAUAGAGCCGUGGUGUGGAGAAUGUCGAGAUUGCCUAAAGAAGGACAAGGCGCGUACACUACGCACAACCUCGUAUGCCGCAUGACUCUAACAUCGUUCGACCAAGUACCCGAGGAACUGGACAAGUAUUGUUACGUAGAGUUCACGAUGCCGACCACGCAGGUGUCGCACACCACCGUCAGGUCGGUUUCGAUCGUUAAUAGCGAGAAGGAUGCUCCGCCGGAGAAAUAUCUGAGACUGAUGGCCAGACACGAGUACAGGGUGGAAAUCGAGCACAUACACGGGCAAGUCGAAGAAAACCCGUACCUAGCAGCGACCGCGAUGCCGAGAUCCCCGCAGCCGGUGCCGGAAACCAAACAGUCCCCGGCUGCAGCCGCUUCGGACAGCGAUUCAUCGUCUUAAACGUGCAAUAAUGAUAUUUUCACUAUCGAGGUUUUAUAAACGUUACGUUGUUGUGUUCCACGACAAUUAUUAUUUUAUAAUGAUAUUAUGUUACGUAUGUUUAGAGUAUGAUCUCUUCCUUUAAAAUUAUAUCGACCGUUGAUUUAUUAUUACGAUCGUGUACAAUUAACGUUGUAAUACGAUUCACCAUGUACAUAGUAAUUUACGACCGCUGUAACGUGGCCGAGGUUUUAUUGGACGUUUUAUAACGACAUUACUGCAAAAAGCACGUUAACACGUAGCAUAAGUAUCCAUGCGAGCCUGAAGACAAAACCAAUAAUUAUUUACGUACAUGAAUAUUUUAACCUAUAUAUUUUCAAACGAUGGAGUUCAACAUUGAAUCGUAUUUUACCAACAAAACAUUAGACGUUUUUCGUAAAUCAGUUUUUACAGUAAUGCAGCCCAUAUACGUAUAUAUAUAUAUAUAUAUGAUAUCGAGUUCAAUAUGACAAUAAAAAAAUUAUAUGAAGCGUUGACACCGUUUUACGAUUUUUCUUGGGAAAACCAACUAAUUUUUUAUACACUCGUUGAAAAGCUUUGCGUGUCUCGAUAUUUUCCUUAGUAACUUCGCGUAAACUAGAUUAUGAACUAAUUUUAUUUUUUAACUCUCGUAUAAUACUAUAACAAUAUCAUGUUGUUUUCAUGUAUAUCCUAUCCGUGUCGAACAUGUGCCAUAAAAAUUAUAUUACUUUUAUAUGUCUAAUAAAGUCGUAGUACCAUUUCGCGUUUACAUAAUAUUAUAAAUAAUAGUACGUGACGAAUACAUAGUUCGCUGUGCACGUAACAUUGUUAUUUAUCUUUAUCGCGUUGAAUCGAAAAAAAUAUAAUCACUAUGUAGAUACAUUAAGUAAUAUCGUAGAUAUUUUACCCGAGAGCCCGAGGAUCUUGCUGUCAAACUGUUCGUAGAUUACGAGUUAGCCGAGUAAAUCGAAAAAAGUUUAAAAUAUAAAAAUAUAUAUUGUUGUUAAAUACUUCUUCAUUCGAUUCAUUGUUAACAAUGUUUCCUGCGACAGACGUAAUAGCAUUACAUAUUGUGUAAUCGUAAGCCAGCUGUCCGUUAUUUUAAGACCAACGAUACGUACCCGUUAUUAUUUAUUUGACAAUUUAUCUCCAAAUCAGUGCUGCGCUUUCUAAUUGUAAUUUUUUGUAAUAUUUUAUUCCACUUAUCGAGUUUUGCGCACGAAGCAGGCAAACCACACGUGAUAAACAUAGUGAAACAUUAUAAUAUUAAUCGGGACGAAAAAAUAUUUUUGGUUUUGUUUUCCGUUUAGGGAUGAUAUAUAUGUACUAGAAGUAUGUUUUUCUUAUCGCAUUGAUUGAAUAAAUGCAAUACAAUUAUUACACGCGUUUGGUCGACAACAACGAGUCUUUUUUUGACAAAAUACAAAUAAUAAACGUCAUUAUAAUAUAGUACGACUGCGUAUUAUUAACCUGUGUUUAAAAAUAUAUUAUGAGACCGUUGUUCGACCAAGUGGUGUUCAACGACUUGUGUUUAUUCGACCAGAUUCAAUAAGAAUGAAAUGUUGAACGCUUUAUUGAACGCAUUGAUUUUAAUUUUUUUACAUGAAAAGCGUGUACAACUUGUCCUACGAAAUGUAUAAUUCGUUUUUGUUGCAUAUCACGUAGGUAUCAAAAACUUUUAAAAAUGUUUGUUUUUUGUAAAGUGAAAAGAUUGUUUAUAAUUAUUA